AUGAAUAUCCCACCGGCGUUCCCCAUGCCACAGGCAUCCAACUAUCAGAGUGACCCUGAAAAGAUGAAUUCUGCCAUUAGUUAUCUAGAGGUGAAAGCAUUAGAUGCGAAGAAAAUCGUUGAAGAACUGCUGUAUAUGCUCGAUAUGCAGGAAAAAGUUCCCUGGCCUGACAUGUUGGAUAAGUUCUCUUCUCUAGCCGCAGCCAUGUCGCAGCUGCAAGGAGCACUGAAGAAAAGUGCUAUCCAGUCAGGUCACGAAGACCAUGGCGCUCUUCUGCGAAGUCAUGUUCUUGUACCGCAGCGGCUCCAGCUUGAACCGGACCAACAGCUGCAGAAUUUGACGUCAUUUCGCGUUCAUUCAUGGAAUCAUGAUGUUGUUCCUGAUUACUUACGAACAAAAUUGAAUCCCGAAAUGGAAUCUGAAGAGAUGAUACUAGAACAAGAUAAGAACCAAAAAGGUCAAGAUGUGAUUAACAAACAAAUUACCCACCUGAAUAAGUAUGUAGAUCUUCUGCUGCAAAGCCUUCAUUCUUCGGAUCGCGCCCACAAUGAGAAUUUUGCUGAAAAGCCUACCUUCAACAAAGAGGAAACCGUGCGUCUUGUACGAGCAACCAUGGUAGGCGAAGGUCUCAAAAUUAGUAUGGGUCGUGCUGCGACAGCGACAUCAUCUACGCACACUACUACACAAUUACCACGGCCUUCUGGAGCGCAACCAACAUCGCGCCCGUAAUCUUUGACGCUGUCCACUUGUUUCUGACAUCCUGAACCUUCAUACGGGCUAAUUUGUAAAUACUGAUCUAAUUAAGCUAUUGCAAUUUUGAUAAUAAAUAUAACAU